AUGCUAAUGGUUAUGACGCUUGAUGGAUGUCGGCGGUUGCGUUCGGCGAGCAUGUCUCUGUGUUCUCUGCGGUUUACCGGCGGCGGGGAAAUCGACGCUGGCACGAAACCUCGGCGGCGUGGCGACGGAGCGGGGCUGGAGAGUCGUGGCGGUGUGUUACGAUGAUUUGAUCCCCAGUAGCGCUCUCCAUGUCAAAGUGUUGGAAGAGGGUGAAGGGUCGCACCGAGCGCAAACUGAGUGGAAGUCGCACAGACAAGCAGUACUGCGGCGCGUUGAGGAGUUUUUGAAGAAUCCGCGUACUUCGGCAGAUCCAUCCGCCAGCUGCCUUAUUAAUGGCAACGCCUGGAGGAGGUGCACCCGAGGCUUGCUGCAGUCAUCCGCAUCUACGGACAGCUCCCAGACAGACCACCCACCGAUACUCAUUCUGCUGGAUGACAACUUUUACUACCCAAGCAUGAGAUAUGAAGCGUACCAGCUUGCCAAAAAGUGUUUGCUGGGGUACUGUCAAGUGUAUCUGCAGUGUCCCGUGGAGUCAUGCAUCCGCAGAAACCAAAGCAGGCCCGAACCACUGCCCGAUGAGGUGAUAUCCGAGAUGGCAAAGCGCUUAGAGCCUCCAAAUCCACAGAAGAACUCGUGGGAGAAGAACAGCAUUGAGCUUAACUGUACAAAUGGCUUGCUUGAACAAGAGAUUCAGAGGUUAUUGGAGUUGAUCUCUUUUGCAUUAAGCAACCCACUCAGCCCAGUUGAGGACCACACUGAACAAAAGGAGGCUGACCGCCUGAAAUGUGCCAACAAUGUGAUUCACCAAACUGAUCAGGCCUGUCGACGCUUGGUCUCCGAGGCCAUGAAGCACGCCAGAGAAAAAGAAGUGCCACCUGAACACAUGAGGACUCUGGCAACUGAGCUGAAUGAAUCCAAAAGCAGAUUUCUCACCAACCUGCGGAAGCGGUUCCUUCAAGAUCUGCUCAUCCACCAAGAAGAGGAUAUUGAUGUAAAGCAUGUGGUGAAAACGGCACUGGAAGCUUUUAAUCGGGAUAAAAAGGAAAUCUUGUCGAGAGUUUUCAUUGACGAAUGAAGAGACAAUUUCAGUUUUAUUUGUUAAUUUAUUUGACAUCUGUGGACAUUUUCUUGAAUCUGCACAAAUGUAGACUUUUAUCACAAGAAGGAAUAAAUAGAAGUAUUAUACAUGUUUAGUUCAUGAGGACAAAAUGAGAAAUUAGCAGUUUUCUCAACAUGUUUGUUUCUAAUUUUUCCCCAACGUUGUGUUUAAUGCAACUGGGACUUGUCGAUAUAUUAACCUUUUUGAUUUGCUUAAAAGCAGUAAGCUUUAAAUCUCAAUAGGAAAAAAAUUGAUAAAAUAAUAUAAAUAUUGUUUUUGUAACAGGCUGGUUCAACCUUUGUUUUCAAUCAUUUAACAUUUCAGUUUAAAGAGUGGUGUUAUGACUUUAGAGUAAAAAGCACACAAUACAUUUACAUACAACUAUGUCCAAAAAAAAAACAACCAAAACAGCUCAAAAUUAUAUUGUAGAGCAAUUCUAACAAAACCAAUUUUUUUGAAAAAGUUUCAAUACUCCCAUUUUGCUCAUCAAUAGUUAUCCUUGACCUUUUCAAGUACUCAAAAAUAUCAGCUGCAACAGUGCAAAAUAUUUAUGGUGACAAAUGUUGGUCUAUAUUUAAGACAUGAGUACCACAGUAACUAUAAGCCAAUGCUACAA